GGCGCUGGGAGCGAUCCCGCAAACAGAGCUGUGUGUGUGUGUGUGUGUGAGAAAGCGGAUGAAACGGCACCGCGGAUGUUUAGAGAAAGAGAAGAAGACCCGCGGUGAGGAAUAAACAGGAAUGUUAUCUUGGGACAGGACAGGUUCAUGGACGCUGCUUGGUUUGUUUAAGGGUGUGUGUGUGUGUGUGUGUAGAGUGGAACUGAUAAACUAACGUGCUGGCAAAGCGAAUGUCGGGAGAAGACUGUGAGCGUGUCCACGCGUGAUUCCCGCCUGCGGUAAUAAACUUCUCGCCUGCGCUCGGGACUUCUUCACCGGGACAUGGAGGCGAGGAGACGGGAAUAAGCGCGGCGGUGGAGUUGAGUUUUGCGAUGAGCUUCGGGUUUGAUAUGAAGGCGGGAGAGCUGCGCGUGAAAAGCUGCGGGUGAAGCGCGCGCGAUGGAGAAGGCAAACGGCGCGCAGCAGCAGCCGCAGCACCGCAUCAACGUCCCGAGUACAGCCAGGGAGAGAGUGUCCAGCGUGGACCCGUAUGGCUUCGAGAGGGCCAACGACUUCGAUUACGACUCCUACGAGGAGCUCAUGUCCGAGUAUCUGGCUGUCCUUACCAAAAGGUCAAUCAAGUGGUCGAAGCUGCUGCAGGGGAAAAGCCGUGUCGAGAGAAGUCUUAAAGUAAAGCGUUAUGUACGAAAAGGGAUCCCGAAUGAACACCGAGCUUUGAUAUGGAUGACGGUGAGCGGCGCUCAGGAGCGGAUGGAGAAUAAUGCAGGCUACUACCAUUCACUCCUUCAGGCGCAACACGAUCAAAGACUGGUGGAGACCAUCCGAACAGAUUUGCACAGGACGUUCCCAGACAACGUGCAGUUCAGGAAGACGUCUGAGCCGUGCCUGCAGAAGCCCCUGUAUAACGUCCUGCUGGCGUACGGACACCACAACAUGGCAGUGGGAUAUUGUCAGGGGAUGAAUUUUAUCGCUGGCUAUCUCCUCAUCAUCACCAAAGAUGAAGAAAAGUCCUUCUGGCUGAUGGAGGCUCUGCUAGGAAGGAUACUUCCAGAUUAUUACACACCAGCCAUGUUGGGCCUGAAGACGGACCAGGAGGUGCUGGGAGAGCUGGUGAAGCUGAAGGUGCCAGCCGUUUGGCAGGUCAUGGUGGAACAAAAUGUCAUGUGGACGCUGGUGGUGUCACGCUGGUUCAUCUGCCUCUUUAUCGACGUCCUCCCGGUUGAGACCGUCCUGCGCAUAUGGGACUGCCUUUUCUACGAGGGAUCGAAGAUCCUAUUCCGUGUAGCGCUCACUCUGAUCCGUCACAACCAGGCCCUGAUCUCACAGGCUCAGAACCUCCCGGAUAUCUGCGACCGUUUCAAACAGAUCACCAGAGGAGCCUUUGUGGAGGACUGCCACCCGUUCAUGCAGAACAUUUUUAAAGAACCGGGAAGCCUCUCCAUGACGACCGUCACCAAGCUGCGGGCCGUGUGUCGGGCGCGGGUCACGGCCGAGGAAUCUUGAGUCGCCCCUGAACGCUUCAGACAUUCCAGACUUGUAUUUGCACUGUCCUCUUAUUAUGUUUAAAAAAAAACAAAACAAAACACACAAUGGCUGAAGAAACUGUUUCCCGGCUCAUGAUAAUGAAGUGAUGGUGGUGUUUAGGGAGCUUUAAUCUCUAUAGAACCUCGACACUAAACUCUACACUACAGGAACAAACCAGGGUCGUAUGCUUAUUUAGUAUAAGUACUUCUCCAGUACACUUUAUAUUUAACAAACUCAGACACCGUACUUUCCUAUGGACUCGCAGUCGAUGAGCCAAGUAAACUUUUUUUUUGGUCAUGAUUGGUGAUGGCACGAGUCGUUUAAAAGCUAUAAGCAUGAAGUAGCCUUUUUUCUCUAAAGCCUGUACAUUUCUAUUUUGGUUACUUUGCACAUUUCUCUCGAUAGCCCACUUUGGGGAUCUAUCAGAUUUUCAUGACAAACGUCGCUCUACUACUGUGAAACGAAGAGCUCAGUACUGUACUGUCGCAGCCAGCGCGUUCCUGUAAGAUUUCCCUGCAUGCAGAUGAGCUGGGACUUUUUAAUGAAGAGAAUGAAAUAAGUUUAUCGUGACGGGAAAUUCUGAUUGUAAAAUGAGUUCUCAAGACACCUGAAAUGACUUUAAAUACUCGACAGAAUGAAGCUUUUCUUGUGCUGCAGUUUCUAACGCAUUCUGAUUUUCUACUCGAUAAUAUUAAAAUAAUCUGUAUUAAAAUUA